CCAGGGUCUUCUCGCUUUUCAGUGUGAAAAAGGGAUAAGGAGUACAUUCAGAUCACAGGGGAAUAUCGUCGCGAAAAAGUUUAAAAAAUGGCUCUGAAUCGUGCUCUUUGGCGUUUUGUGACUCCAGGAAAAAAUACUCUUCUUCUCUGCCGUGCUCAGAGUUCGGCGAAUGCAGCGAUCGGUAUCCUUUUCUACGAAACACUUUUCAAUUUUUCAGCAGCCAUGAGAUUUCUGCUGCUGUUUUUCAAUUGUUGUUGACAUGAAUUUGCUAACACCAAUGUAAAAAACGCCUUAAUGUUUAUGCCUCGUUCUUUAACGUGUUACGACAAGUGGCCCGGUCGGUUGUUAUGAAAUCGCUCUAAGUGGGUGAUCCGCCCGCCAAAUCGCGAUCGAAAUUUUGUAGUUUCGACAAAUUUUAGUAACGUCAUCUUUGUGGAACUAGACCUCGGUUAUCUUUGCUUGUUUCUGACAUAUCACUAUCACACUCGGCAAGUGUGCUGGUUUUGAGGCGCUCUUUCCAGCGAUGUCGAUGAAUAUUCGCUGACAAGCCGUUGUCAAAAGUUACUACAAAACAUUGGAUGAGUUGAUUCGUAUAAAGUUACCGGUAAGCUUAUGCAAUACUUGAGACGAAAUUAGCACAUUGCUAAACAAUCUGAAGAGACGUUGAGCAUUUGGGUUUCUUAACUUUUCAAAUAAUAGCACAAAAAUCGCAAGAUAAAAAAGAUAAAUUUGGUAAGUAUGCGAGCCAUUAAUUUAACUACGUUAAUUGAGAAUAAUUAUUGUAAAGAGUUGUGGAGGCGUGAAGGGGGCGUUGUCAUGUUCAAGACCACCAUCAGCCAACAGCAGUUGUUAAAGAUAAUCAAAAUGUUUCAAGGAAAUACCCCAUAAAAACAGCGUAAAUCCAAACUUGCACAGAAAAUAUCAGGACUUUUUAACAGUCCAGGUGUUCUUUGUGAGAAAGCGUAAGACUACAAUAAUUGGUGGAAAACAAAGAAAUACGUCGCAGUCUAAUUUACACUAAGAUUAAAUUUGACGUUGUCAUUUUUACAUUUACUCAGUAAAGUUCAACUGGCAAGAUCCACUGAACUUGGAGAGUUGUCUCACAGAAGAAGAGGUGAUAGUUAGGGAUCAGUUUAGAGAUUACUGCCAGGAAAAGCUUAUGCCUCGGAUACUGAUGGCAAAUAGACAUGAAAGUAAGUGUAAGCCUUAUGAUUGAAACAACUAUAAAAGGCCCAUAAAUGCAACAGUCAAAAAUAUCGAGCCGCGUGAGAACGCACGAGUGAGCGGUGAAGCCGCGAGGGGCUAACAAAAGGAGAGCUUGCAACGAUCUCUCAUAAAUUUUCAUUUGUACUUCGCCCAGAUGAAGAGAAAUACCAUCGGCUAAAAAAUGACGUUCCAGAAAUUAAAAUUGAUUGAUAACAAGCCUAGGUGGCCUGCCCUAAAAUUUUCGAGCUCUCCCUUUCUACUCCCCACCCCUCACAGUCGCGUCUCCUCUCGCAUGUCUCUCACGCUUGUAUUUUUCACGAUAUCCCCCAAAUGGAGAGCUUGCUUGAAGGCUAAAAAUAUCAUUGAAUGAAGUAUGGCAGCAUGCAGUUAUACCUCACUUUACAAACGACUUAUUAACAGACUCACGGAAAACUGACAAAAAUAGCAUUACUGGACGGUCAAUUUGACCAACAAACAAAAUAACCCUUAAGCCAUUCAAAAAGGAGGUCUUGACUGCUUAAGUAUCUUGAACUCUACAAAAAAUGGCCAAGCAUGCAUUGUUUGCAAAAAAUUUCAGAGGUGAAUUAGUCUGAAAAUAAAAUCAGUUGAACUUGAAAGAGGAUAACAUAGCUUACUUUCAUUCUGCAGUCAUGUUACCAUUAAUUUCGUCAAUCCAAUCAAUAGAAGCGUAUUUGUUAACAAAUUUCAUGUCACUCUCUUGUUUAGCAUUUGAUAAAGAUAUUAUGAAAGAAAUGGGAUCACUUGGAGUUCUUGGUUGCACAAUUCAAGGUCAGUGUUUUGUUUAAAACCUUUAGUGAUGUCAAACAUUGAUUCUCCAUUUUUCAUCAACUCUUGCAAACUUAAUUUUGUGUGAGGUAAAGUAUUGGCACCAUGCAUGGCGUAAAUAAAUUUUCCGGAUUUUCCCAGUUAAGCAAAAAACUGAAGUCAAGACUUAAAGAAAAGAUAAUUUUCUUGUUACUGAUCUCAGCUUCUGUUUUCUUCUAGGUUAUGGAUGUGCAGGAGUGUCGUCUGUAGCUUAUGGUCUCAUCGCAAGAGAAGUUGAAAGGUUUUGACAAUAUUGUUUCCCUGUCUUGCAUGUAUACAUGGUGUAAUAAUUCUGUGCCCUAUUUGCCUUCACACACUACAACAACAAUAGUUUAAAUUUACUAAAUUUUUGAAUAAUUUCUUUAUCUUUUACCUGCAGGGUGGACAGUAGCUAUAGAUCAGCAAUGAGCGUCCAGUCAUCUCUGGUAAUGCACCCUAUUAAUGCUUAUGGAACAGAGGAACAGAAACAGAAAUAUCUCCCAAAGCUAGGUAAGACUUCAUUUUUUCACCAAGGGCUUCUAAAAAACUCCAUAACCCUCCCCAUGCCUCCCCCAACAGGACUUCCCAAAGUGACCCAACCCCAGCCCCUUCCACAAUUUUCUUGGCCCUGUCAAGUCACAAUAUUAAAAAAUGACAGCCUCCUAACUAGGUGAUGAUUACAUAGGGGAAAAUUUGGACUUUCAUUUGCAAUUGUUGUAAUAAAUUGUUGAUAAGCAAUUUUGUACACUCUGACAAACUAGAAGCAGAAAAGGCCUUCACCCUAAGGGGGAUUAUUGGGUUUUAUUUCGGGAGAUAAAAGAUGUUUGAUUUCUCUUGCUGAUUGUCAACAGCACGAGGUGAGCUGAUUGGUUGUUUUGGUCUGACUGAACCAAAUCACGGCAGUGAUCCCGGGGGCAUGGAAACGAGAGCAAAACAUAAUCCUGCCGGGAACAGUUACAUCCUUAAUGGAUCAAAGUGCUGGUGAGAAACAUUUUCUGGAGGACCCAGUCAAACUAUUUCUGUGUGUACUUGUGUGUGUUUAUCUAGUAAUGACCAUUACUUCUGGGUGAAAUUAAAUUUAGGAGUUGUCCAGGCCCCAAGAAUUAGAUAGCUUUAAAGCCUAUACACCGAAUAAAUUACUCAGUCUCCAGUAGAUAAGUAUUAGGAAAACCAAUUGCGUUAUCCGGAGAAUAGUGAUUAAUCCGGUGGAUAUAGCUUUAUCCACCUGGGGCCAGGUCCCUGUCCCCUGGAAAUUUCCUCCGAGGCGAAUCCAGGCACAAAGGUACGGCCAUAAUGGGAAUCUGUUUGAGGUAGUAAUGGUCUGAAGCUGUGGCUGAAAUUUUUGCUGGCUGUGUUGGGUGAACUGACUUCUAGGAGAGGCAUGUUACAGCACAUAAAAAUUAUAAUGUAUAGUCUGCAGCCAACUUGUCUACAGGGUCUGCAAGACUCUGAAAUACUCUUUGGUUUAUCUUUAGCAAACAGUCUCUAUAACUCAAAUUGGAUUGGAUUUAUCAGUCCAAAAACUUGAAGUACAUUUACACUGUAGUUUCUGGGUUAUAAGCCUGCGAGCAAGGUCUCUGGGUUUCCCUGGUGGCGGGGCGAGCAACCUCGCAGGCUACUGGCCUAUUACAAGUGAUACAAUCUUUGUAAAGAAUAAAGAAUACAGGAGAUUAAAGAGAUAAUUUUUUUUUGUGAUAGGUACAUUAUUCAUUUCAGUCUUUCUGAUGUUCCAUUUUGUCAUAGGAUUACAAACUCACCAAUAGCUGAUGUGUUCGUGGUUUGGGCAAAAUGUGAAGAUGGAAAAAUUAGGGGAUUUAUCUUGGAAAAGGUUCGUUCCUCCAAAAAAUGCUUGCCAUCUCUAUGUGAUGUGUCAGCUUACAUACUUUAGAUAAACGCUUCACGUGUAAGGCGCCAAACAGCAAGCACUUGAUUCAAGUUGAGAAAUUCUCAGAAUAGAAAUUGAGCAGAUAGAAAAAGCUCAAAACAAAAUAAUUUUAUGGAUGAAACUGGCAUGAAUUUACUGAUUUCCUUGUAGUUAUAAUGAACAGUAAACGACAAGUAUUAAGGGAAAACUUGGUCACAUGAUACAAAUUCUGAUUUGCCAUAAAACAUGACUCUAAUAAUUAAAUCUCUCUAAUGUGUUAAUCAUUUCUCACGAGAGAUAAUUUGUAUUCAUGUACGUGGUGUAGAUGUUGUGGUUCAAUUUUAUCCUUGGUUAAAAUCUUCUUUUCUUUUGUUUUUGGGAUAUGGUAAUGCGUACUUAAGAGUUUAAAAGAAAAGAAAAGAAAAUUUACACUUAGGAUAAAAAUGAAUGACAACAUAGACGUAGAGGCAUGGAGUAUUUAGCAGUGUUGAAGUUUUUUAAAACUUAAAAGUCUGGGGGCAAUCCAGCAUUGUCCUUCUAAUCCCACUUUUCUUGGUUUUAACUCAGGGAAUGAAGGGACUUUCAGCUCCUAAAAUUGAAGGAAAGUUUUCUUUAAGAGCAUCUGUUACAGGCGAGAUUUUCAUGGAGGAUGUUGAGGUGCCUGAAGAAAACCUGCUACCAAAUGUUGAAGGACUGGAGGUGAAGUGAUAGGUUUUUCACCACUUUCUCAUAAUUUUAUCUUUCUUGUAGCCUUUACUAUGAUGGGAGGAAUCUGUAAGAAACUAUUAAAAUACACAAAUGUAUUGAGAGAAGUGUAUUGCCCCUGUGUGAGCACAUCCAAGACAGUCUUGGAUUCCAGAUUCCAGAUUUCAGGUACUGGAUUUUGGAUUCCAAAGCCCAGGAUUCCAGGUUCCACAUACUAAAAUUCCCCGGAGCGCGGAAUGCAGAUUACCUUACAUGGUUUGAAGUGUAUUUUUCUCGGGUGAUCACAUCAUUAAAUUAUACAUUGUUUUUUGGGGGGAAGGGAAGGGAGGGUAAAAAUUAUUGCCACUUCUUAAUUUUCGUGUAAUCCUCCAAAAAUACCCAAACUAACUUAAUUAUAUAUUGUUUUUUUUGUUUUUAAUUAUUUGCUAAGCAGGGUCCAUUUGGUUGCCUAAACAAUGCUCGUUAUGGUAUAUCCUGGGGAGUUCUUGGAGCUGCAGAGUUUUGUCUGGCUACAGCACGACAAUACACUUUAGACAGGUAAGCAAGAGGAGAAGAAAGUCUAACUGUUAUAGUGCUUAGUGCUCCCUUACAUGUACUUUGCUGUCCUCGAUUUUCAUGGCACUCUUCUCCAAACACUACUUCGUUAGAAAACAGCAUUGAGUCUGAAAUGUCUCAGACACAUGAUCAAUAUCCAUAGUGAUCCAUAGUCUGUUAACAAAAUAGUGGCAGUAUCUAAAGUAACACUUUAUAUAUUGCCACCAUUUUGUAAGGAUCCGGUUUGAUGUUUAGUAUUGUUUUGUGUUUUUUAAUGAUUAAUUUCUCUUUUACUUAACCAUCAUUUUUUAAGACAUCAGUUCAAGAGACCUCUUGCAGCAAAUCAGCUCAUGCAGAAAAAAAUGGCAGACAUGACAACUGAGGUUAGUUUUAUGGUCGGCGCUUUUUCUAAUUUGCCACUUUUUAAAGAGUUAAAUCAUAUAUAUAUCUAACACUUUAUUUCUUAGAUUGGUAUUGGGCUUCAAAGCUGCCUUCAUGUUGGACGACUCAAAGAUCAAGGAACGUAAGUAAACCUCUACCUUUUAAGCUUCAUUUUUAAUUUUAAAUUUAUAGACGACUAAAAUUUAAGUGUUAUGUUACCCUGGUUCUAGGGAUUUAAUUUGUUUAUCCUUAAACGAUUUGAAAUCACACCUCAGUUUUUCAAAGCCUUUAAUUAAAGAGAUAGAACCUUUGGAACAGAGGUAAUAAUCCGUCUGCAUGAAACUUCGCAAGGGGUAUUCUCUUUUCGUGAAAUCCAACUAGUGGUCUAUUAUCAAUGCUGCGUUCUGAUUGGUUGAGCUACUACUAGGCUAUAUGUUAUAGCCCACUAGUAGCGAAAAGUGUGGGCUUUUUGGCGCACAAACAGAUUAAAGUCUAACUUUAACUAGCUUAACUUUUUUUAUUCUCGAUAUUUUUGACCAACUAGUUGGAUUUACUAAAACAAUAAUUCUCGCCCUUAUGGCCUCUGAGUCAAUAGCCCAUAUGGCCUUCGGCCUCGUGGGCUAUUGAUUCAGAGCCCAUUCGGGCUCGAGGAAUAAUUGUUAAAUAUAUGUCAUAUGAGCAUGUGCCACACCAAAAGGUAUGGUUUUGUGGCGUUUUGGAAAAUGUCGCGUUUUAAAUGACCUCUUCGAUAUCUGUAAACGGGUUUGGAAAGUGACAUUUUUGGGUGUGAAAUAGGGUCAGGAUUUAGAGAGCUGGGCGCCAAGUGUGCCCAGCCCCCGCUCCCGGGGAUGAAACUGGCAAAUUACAGAAGUACAGUAGCGGGCGUGGAAAUAUUUUCUGUGGAAACUGUCAACGCUCUCACAGUUACAAAGUUCUGGCGAUUUGGUUUUUUUGAAUUCACAGCGGUAAGAGCGGUCUUAAAAUGGGUUCUGUUAUAUCACAGUACAUGCAGUAUACAUACUCAAAGCAAAUAACCGCACAGGAAGUCACCCACAGGCCACUGGGAAAAUGUGCAGGAAAAAGUACGCAGAAGCCUGGAAAGUGAUAAAAAUCACCUUCAAAAACGCAUAGGGGAAAGUCACUUUAAGAAAACAAGGACAUGAGAGAAUCAAGGCUGUUCUGGGGUUAACUGGUUUGGCUGAAACAUGGCGCGCGACUUUUGUGCGCAAAUCGUUAUUUAACAGUACUGUUGAUUUUUUCGUAGAUGGUGCCCGGAAAUGAUAUCUAUGAUCAAGCGCAAUUCAUGUGGAAAAGCACUUGACAUAGCCAGGAUGGCCAGGGACAUGUUAGGCGGUGAGUUUAAUUGUUCUUAUCAACGUUUCGUAACCUUACUGAGAAACGAGUGUUUAUGAUUACUUAAUUGGACCUUUCUCUCUCAUUUUAUGGCACCUACAGGAAAUGGCAUCUCGGAUGAGUACCACGUGAUACGUCACGUGAUGAACUUGGAAUCCGUGAACACGUAUGAAGGUAACUUCAAAUUUAAAACUUACAAACGAGGCAGCUGAUUUUUUGCCGUCCGUUGCGUUCAUUUCUUUAUUAUUCUAGUUGGUUGAGAGAAUACAGCCUCGAGCAAACUCGUUUCCAGGGUACUCUCUGUUGAUGAAGAGAGGACCCUGGGAACGAGGCUGAGGCCCGAUGUCGCACUUACAGUAAAGGGAGCUUUAGCAACCACGACGGCGCGCGAUGCCUAUUUCCCUUUCGUAAACUGUCUUUGCCAUUUUUACCAGUUGAUGGCCACCAUUUGUAACCAAGCCCUAAGUCAUGAUAGAUGUAAUAUAUUUCCUGGUUUAAGUUUCAAUAUGGCAAAUAAUACGUUUGUGAAUAGUCUUUCAAAGAACAACGUUGAAGCCCAAAUUGAAUUUACUUUUAAAGUUACGGAAAAGGCUAGCUAGGGUCAUUUGUUACUGAUGUAUCAGUUAAGAAAGACAGUUUGCUAGUUUAUAUUUUUAAUUUUUCCGGAAUUUUGACGGCUCGGUGUGGUAGUGUAGUGGUAAGGGAGAGAGGUUAGGGUACGAAGGGUCCGAGUUCGACCGUGAGUUGCAAUUUUCUCUCUUUUUAAUAGGAACACUCUCAAUAACAGGUCAAAAAUUUUCUACGUCCUGAAAAUGGCAGCGACCAUUAAUGAAAGGGGAAACUGCGACGGUGACGAUAGAGAAAACUUCACGAAUAAAAUGAGUUCACGUGUUGUUUCAAACUUGAUCGCGAUUGUUUAAACUCGCUCACUGACUUAAAUUCGAGGUCCAUGCAGGAGAUUCUUUUCACCAACAAUUUUUUUUUUAAUUUUCCCUUCGUAGCCUGGACAUUAAUUGUCAAUGUAAUGUUCAGCCUCAGGUUCAAUCUCGUAAAUGAUCAUCAUUUGUUGGACUUUGGAAAAGCUUUUAAGUUGCUCUUUAUUGUCUGCUUGUAAAUGUUUCCGUCAUUUUUUCUUCUCCAGGUACACACGAUAUCCAUGCGCUGAUUCUUGGAAGAGCUAUAACUGGAAUACAAGCUUUCACAAGAUGAUUAAUUAGCAAGAAAACAGAAAACAGCAGCAUUCAGACUGCAAUUAUACCAAAGCAACCACUAACAUAUAAUCUCAUUUUGCCCGCCGUGUCUCAUGAUAUCGGUUGUAUGACGAGUUAGCGAAUUCCGCUGUAAAAAUUUCUGGAAGAACUAAGUAUGUUUUCU